UCGCUUCCCCGCGCGCCGCCCGAGCCGUCCGUGCCUCCCGGUUCCCAGCGCAGCCAGCCGGGCAGAGGAGGAGCCGUCCGCGCCCAGUGCGCUCCGCCAGUCCCGGCAAACUCCCGCGCCGCCCGCGUCCGGCUCGGCAUCGAGCACCAGGGUACCAUGGUCUGCAAGACUCUCUUCGCUCUCUGCAUCUUCACAGCAGGACUGAGGGUCCAGAGCAUGCCUACAUCACUCCGCCUGCCUGUUUCUCUGCCAACAGAGAUUACCCCAGGGACAGCCGUCUGGACAGGCUCUCCAGAAAGCCCUCCUGCGUCCCCUACAAGUGGCACUUCCAGCAACUCAGUGCUCCCAGUUACAGCAUCGGCCCAGACAUCUCCACUCCCCAAGAACAUUUCCAUAGAGCCCAGAGAAGAGGAGACCACCAGCCCAACCUCGAAUUGGGAAGGCACAAACCCAGACCCCUCACCAACAAGCGGUGGGCUCCACUUAACACCCACACCCACGGAAGACAGCUCGGGCACCUCUGAGGCGAGUGUGCCAGCUACGGGGUCUCAGUACCCUGCUGAGACUCCCGCGCUCACCUCCCCUCAGGCUCCAGCCUCAUCACCUUCACCCCUAACAACCUCACCACUACCAGAGGUUCCUUCUGCCUCCAUCAGCACCAAGCACAGUUCCACGGAGACCAGCACCAAGCCCACAGGAGGCCCAACCGUGCCAGAGUCCACAACAGAGGAGCACAGCUCUGGCCACACGCCCACUUCACAUGCCACAAGCGAGCUGGUGCCCACGGAGGCAACACCCCAAACAACUGUGCCGGCCAUAGUGACUUGUAUGCUGAUAGAUAUCAAGACCACCGCCUCCCCCCUCAUGCAGGAAGUGGAGCAUGCACUAAGUUCAGGCAGCAUCGCCGCCAUCACGGUGACAGUCAUUGCCGUUGUGUUGUUGGUGUUUGGAGUCGCGGCGUAUCUGAAGAUCAGGCAUUCCUCCUACGGAAGGCUUUUGGAUGACCAUGACUACGGGUCCUGGGGGAACUACAACAAUCCUCUGUACGACGACUCCUAACAAAGGAACAUAGCCUGCGAUGAGGAAGAACUGUUCUUUAUUUAUAAGUGCUUAUCCAGUAGAUUAAUAACAAGUACCUGAUGCACACUGAGCGACAAUCUUAAGCCCUGUUUUGUUGGUAUGGUUGUUUUGUUUUCCUCCCUCUCCUCUGGCUGCUACAACUUCCCCUUUCUGGUACAAAAAGAACCAUUCUUUAAAGGUGAGUGGAGGCUGAUUUGCAGCUGAAAUGAGCCAACCAUGAGCUGGCCAGGCCAGACCCCCAUGGGGGAGGCUUCUGUACCCACCACAGGACAUACCAUGAGAGGACUGAGGAAGAGGGAUCGAGUUGUUUUGUCGGGGUUACUUUAAGGGGAACUUUUUGUUUGUGGUAUUUCUUAAGCUUUUAUUUAGGAAAUUACAUUAACUCUCAAUGAGGGGAAAGGAAAUGAAUACUGGGUGGAUUUCCCCUAUGGGUAAGGAAGCAGGGGUUUCUCAGAUUCCUUUUUAACCUCUGUUUAUCUGGUUGUGUCUGACAGGACCCCUGCUUGGCUCUACAAGCUGGAUGCCAGCUUCAUAGCUGCCUAAUUAAUGAAAGAGGAAACUAGAUGUGUCCUGGAGGAGGCCAGCAGGCCGAGGGCAGAGUAGCGGGUUGCUGUCAGAUCUCAGCCUGCCCUCUACCUCUUCUCCCCUCCAGGCCACGACAGCUUCUAAGGAUGCCCCUUCUAGUCACCUGCAGCUGGGACCCCAGCCCAUAAGCUUUCAACAGAGUUGCGUUUCCACAGGAGAAGGCUAUGAGAUGAGUUUAGUUAAGAAGAGAAGGGAGAGGCAUGCGGAGUGA